AUGAAGGACUUGAGAUUACAGGGGCCCUACAGAAAGUACAUUCCCUAUAAUAUUUUCCAACAAUGUGGAAUUGGUCACUUAAAGACGCUUGAUUAUAUUUUCGCGUUUUUGAUUGUUAUUACCAAUUUCACAUUAAUAUGGAAAUCGCACUCUUCUUCAUUCUGGAACCGACCAUGGGACAAUAAUAGUGAACAAGAACUUUCCCAAUUAAUUCAGUUUUACCUAGACAAGGCUUUUUACAUCCAUGAAUUGCCACCAUUUACAAUACAGUUCUACUCCAUUAUUCGAAGAUUAAAGAUCGCAGAAAAUUUAAGAUACGUUUCUUUGUUUUUGAAUUCAUCGACUUUAGGUUUUCUUUUCCUGAUAACAAGGAGAAUCAAUUGCUCUCGUUUAAUUUCAGCAACAGGUUUGCUGAUAUUAUCCAACUGGGAAACUUUCAGAAAUGAGGGCACUAUUAUAUCAUUUGACAGUUUAGAAUGGUGUCUGUUCUCAGUAGUAAUUUACAGUUUUAUAAGCAUUUCAAUUGCAAAACUGGGAACUACGAAUUGGUUUGCUAAUGUGAUUACAUUAUCUAUUUCUUUAGGGCUGGCAAUCUCUUCUAAAUUUAUUGGAAUUGUCACUUGGGCCUUCGUAAUUCUUUCUUUUGUACGUCAAUUUGAUAGACUGAUAAGCGACGUUAAAGUUACGACCAUCCAAAUAAUAAAAUUUGUCAUUCUCUGUCUAUUAUUCGUUUUGAUUAUCCCUGGUUCCAUCUUCAUAAUAAGUUAUUCGAACUUACUUUCGAAUUUUAAGACAGACACGCCACAAUUUUCAAAAUAUAUGAGCACAUAUUUCAAGUCCUAUUUAAGAGGCCCUCAAGUACAACCGAGUCGAUUGUACUAUGGAUCAACGAUCACAUUACGUCAUUUAGAUUCUAUGGUCGGAUAUCUUGCUUCUCACGAUAUUUCGUAUCCAUCAGAUGUUGACGAACAGUUAGUAGCGUUAUCAUUUGAAGAAUUCGCGGCAGACAAUGAAUGGUUAAUAGAACAUCCUACAUUAAAUUUGAGUUUUUCUGAGGUAUACCAUGCUGAUCAAUUGAUACCUGUAGAAUUUGGUCAAAGUAUAAAACUAAGACACAAAUCUACUGGAAAAUUAUUGAGAGCCAGCACUGCUAAACCUCCCAUCAGCGAGCAGGACUAUGACUUUCAAAUUUCAUGCACGAAAGAUUCAAACUACGAAGGAGGAAUGGAUGAGAGAUGGGAUGUUCUCCUGAUUAAAGAUGAAAUCAACAAUGAUAAAAAGGAUAACGCAGAUGAUAAAUACAUUAAACCGCUUCAAUCAGAGAUACGCUUUUACAAUAACGGCCAGAGAUGUGGGCUAUUGGGCCAUGAUCUUCGGUUACCUGAAUGGGGCCGCUUUGAGCAAGAAGUCCUAUGUAUGGAGUACCCAGUAAUACCAAGAACCACUUUUCUAAUAGACUCAGUACAACUACCAGUCGAUUUCCAAGUCCCAAUGAUAGAAUAUUAUAUCGGCAAAAUAAGUUCUUCAGCAGAAUUCAAUCAUACCUUAUCUUGGUCACAAUUUCUUUAUCUUUUCAAAGAAUAUAUUUUCAAACAAUACAAGUACAAUUACUAUAUUAAAUACGGUAAAAAUAAGGUCACUUUUGAAGAUGCGUUCGCCGUGGAAAAAUGGCCAAUUACGUUAGACACAGACUCUCCAGUUUGGUUUAAUUUUGCAUGGUAUGGAUCCUUACUCUCGAUGAUCAUUUUCAUGUGCGUGCAAUGUAAGAGAAUGAUAUCUUGGAAUCCGUGGACAACUGCUGAACCUUCCUUUUCUAUCAAAUGGGAGGUCUACAAUGAAUUUGGCUGGGAGUGCAUUGUCGGUUGGUUUUUACAUUUUUACAUCUUCACAAUGAGUCCACACUUCAACUUGGGGAAAAAACUGUACUUCCAAAGUUUUUUCUUUAGUGUAUUGUGUCUUUUAGAAUCGUUAGAUUGCCUUGCAAAGUAA